AUGGCAGUAAAGCUAAUCUUCGAAGUCUUCUUAUCAGUCUUGCUUUCUCUGAAAACAGUGAUAGUGGUAGCAAUUGAUUAUGAAGAUAACGAUUUGGCGAAAGUAUGUCGGCCACUGGAUCGCCAACUGGACUUGCUCUUUAUACUGGAUGGCUCCGGGAGCGUAAGUGGAAGUACAUUUGCGACGCAAAUGGCCAUGCUCAAUAAGAUUGUUGAUAUGAUUGAAAUUGGACCAAAGAAUACACAAAUUGCUGUUAUGCAAUAUUCAUCGUACACACGCGUUGAAUUCGGCUUCACUGCUAAU